AUGGAUUUAUUUGGAAUUUUAUACGUUCCUAACUUUAUCUUAAUUACAUUGGCCAUUGUAAUCAGCCUUUAUUUCUAUGGAAGAAGAACUUUUGGCCAUUUUGCUGGAAGUGGAAUCAAAGGACCAAAACCAACAGCUUUCCUUGGAAAUCUUGUAGAAAUGGGCCAAGCUGGUUUUGCUCAUGCAUUUUCAAUAUGGCAGAAACAAUAUGGAGACAAUUAUUGCAUCUUUUUUGGAGCGUUCCCUGAUAUAGUUGUCGGUGACCCUGAAAUUAUAGGAGAAGUCCUGGUGAAAAGUUUCUCUAAUUUUACAAACAGACCUUUGGCCUUUCAACCUGAUGAAUAUGGUGCAAGUAUGUUAUCUUUAGCAAAAGAUGACCACUGGAAAUAUCUUCGUACUGUCUUGGCACCUUCUUACAGUUCGAAAAGAAUGCGUGAGAUGGUUCCUUUGAUUGAAGAUGUCCUGAAGACUUUUGACAAGAAAUUAAAUGAUAUUGUAGAAAGCAAGGAAGCAAGAGAUGUCACUGAUUUGUUUUCUGGUUAUACAAUGGAUGUGAUUGCGUCAACUGGUUUUGGAAUUAAGGUUGAUUCACAGGAAAAUCCUGACAGCCCUAUUGUCAAAAAUGCUAAGAAAGUCUUUGCCGCUGACUUUUUUAAAACAUUACAGGUGGUGGCUGUUGUCUUUCCUGCCUUUGCAACAAUUGCCAACUGGCUAAAACUAAAUGUGUUAUUAGGCAACAUGAGGUACUUUAUUAAUUUUUGCAAAGAAUUGGUUGAAGAAAGAAGAACACACAAAGACAAUAGUACACGUAAAGAUCUGCUGCAACUAAUGCUGGAUGCUCAACUUGAAGGCCAUGAAAAGUUGGACAAGAAAACUGAACAAGAACUCAAACUGGAAAAUAUAACAGACUGGAGAACAAAAAGAGGUCUUACAGAUGUAGAAGUCAUUGCUCAGUGCAUGAUUUUCUUUUUGGCUGGUUUUGAGACAACAGCAACUACACUUUCCUAUUUUGCACAUUCCAUAGCAAGGAACCCUGAUGUUCAGGAUAAACUUUGCCAAGAAAUAGAAGAAAAACUUGGACAGGAAUCUCCAAAUUAUGAUAACGUGCAAAAGCUGACCUAUCUUGACAUGUGUCUGGAUGAAACAUUGAGGCUUUAUCCAAUUGGUUUAAUGUUAAUAAGAGAAGCUAAGGAAGAUUGUAUCAUAAAAGGACUGAAAAUUCCAAAGAAUACAGGAAUUCUAGUUUCUGCUAUGGCAUUACAUUAUGAUCCCAGAUAUUGGCCCGAACCUGAAAAAUUUGACCCUGAACGCUUCAGUGAGGAAAACAAGGCCAAACAAAUACCCUUCACGUAUCUUCCAUUUGGUGGUGGGCCACGAAUCUGUGCUGGAAUGCGAUUGGCUCAACUUGAAUUCAAGAUGGCAGUUGUACAAAUGCUGAGGAAAUUCCGUCUUGUUGCUUGUGACAAAACUGAAAAGAAAAUUGAAUUUGCAAAAGCAGGGCUGCUUAAGCCGAAAAAUGGAGUCUGGAUUAAAAUUGAACACCGUUGA